AUGGCUAGGCUUAAAAAAGGAAAAUAAUACAAGAAAAAAUCUCUUUAAUAGACAUAAUAACAGUAACAACCUAUAUAAUAAUAAACCAUUCAAAAAAUUAUAAAAAAGAUUAAAUAAGCACCGUCAGAAGAAAGAAUAAUUGAGAGGAAACCUUCACCUUAAAUAUUCUUAGAGAAAAGAACUAGAAAGGAAUAAAUGUAAUUAGGUGUUAAAAAGAAAAUACGAUAACCCUAUAGUAUUAAUUUUAGUAAAAUUUUAAGAUCAAGGAUAUUACCCAGAUUCACCUAAUUUAUAAUUUCCCAAUUAAUUAUUAGAUUCUUUGAUAAAGGUUAUUUGUUCCUUUGGAAACAGUGCUAAACUAAGUUAAAUAAUCAAAAACUUGAGUUUAUUUUAUUCAAAUGAAAUUCAAGAAGAAGUGCUUAAUUUAGUUUUAGCUGAAUCAGAGGAGUCUGGAACUAUUUAUGAACUUGAUGGAAAAUUCAAAGUUACAAAUGGUCUCAUCUAAAAAGUAUAUUUAAGAAAAUAAUAGAUUAGCCAUUAUAGAAGAACGAUUAACUUGGUUCGAGAUUGAAGCACGAAGAUAUUGAUGAUAAUGAUCAAUUUCAUUCUCUAUCAAACAAUAAUCCUCAAUGUAAUUAUGAAUAAUUAUCCUUUAGAGGAAAAUGAGAUUGAAGAUGAACUCAAUCAAUUUAGAUAAUAUAAUUGA